ACUUGACGGUGAUAUUCCCUCGUGGUAUUUAUUUCUAAUCAGUAAUUAUAAUUCAAAAUGGCGCGAACAAAGCAAACUGCUGCUAGAAAGAUUGUCGGUGGAAAAGCUCCUCGAAAAGAAAUAGCAAUAAGAACGUUACGUAAGGCUGCUACUACUAAAAUUACUGAAGUUAAGAGACCUCAUCGUUUCAGACCUGGUACAGUUGCACUUCGAGAAAUUCGUCGUUAUCAGAAAACAACUGAAUUGCUUAUUCGUAAAUUACCUUUCCAACGACUGAUACGUGAAAUCGCACAAGAUUUUAAAGCAGAUCUUCGUUUCCAAAGGUCCUCUAUUUUCGCUCUUCAGGAAUCUUGCGAAGCUUAUCUUGUUGGAUUGUUCGAAGAUACCAAUCUUUGUGCUAUUCACGAUAAACGUAUAACCAUCAUGCCUAAGGAUAUGCAAUUAGCACGACGCAUUCGUGGAGAUAAAAAUUAAAAUGGUCUAAAUAUUUGAACCUUUUGUGUUUUUUAUAUCCUUGACGGCCCUUUUUAGGGCUA